AUGAAGGGAGGUUUGAUUGAAUCUGGUGAAGUUUCCAAAGUUGCACACCCUAAAAGAGGGGUGACAAGAGGGUUGUCUAUAAUGGACUUUAUUUUGAGAAUCAUAGGAGCUAUUGCAACAAUAGGUAGUGCUUUGGCCAUGGGAACAACUAAUGAGACCCUUCCAUUUGCCACACAAUUUAUAAGAUUCAGAGCUGAAUUUGAUGACAUUCCCACAUUUGUGUUUUUUGUGACAGUUAACUCUGUUGUUUGUGGUUAUCUCGUGCUUUCACUUGUCCUGUCUGUUUUCCACAUAGUGAGGAGCAGAGCAGUGAAAAGUCGAAUUCUCCUGAUUGCCCUGGACACGGUAAUGUUGGGUCUCCUCACAGCCGCAGCCUCUGCAGCAGCAUCCAUAGUUUACAUAGCACACUAUGGAAACCCAAAUGCCAAUUGGUUUGCUAUAUGCCAACAAUACAAUAAUUUCUGUGAACGCAUUUCGGGUUCCCUGAUUGGCUCUUUUAUUGCCGUUGCUCUGUUCAUAAUUAUAAUCCUACUAUCAGCACUAGCAAUCUCUCGAAAUUGA